CCGACGUGCUGAUAAGCAGCUGUUUGCCUGUGCUCUGGAGCAAACCCGCUUUAUCUCUUCCUUCUUCCAGCCCUGCAGGAAAAACCCAGCGAUUUUGCUGCUGUGGGACUCCCCCCCACCAAGAUGUCCUGCGGUAACCUGUUCUCCCCCGGGAGCUCCUGCCUGCCUUAGCCAGCACCCUGCCAGCCAUGGCCUCAACGCCCCAGUGAGGAGCGAGAGGACGAGGAGCCCGUGUCCCCAACCCUGCCACAUCCCCUGGGAGAGCCAUGGAGGCCCCUCUGGACGUGCCCGUGGGGAACCUCAUUGACUUUGACGCCGAGCCGCCCGCCUGCGCCCCCGCGGACCCCGCCGCUCCCGGCGACACCGGCCGCCCGGGGGACACGGGGGACGAGGUGGCGGCGGAGGAGAGCGACGCCACCGAGUCUGCAGACAGCGAGAACGACAUGGGGGACUCCCCCCAGCACUGGGGGGGCCCCCGCCGCUCCUCCUCCAACGAGUCCUUCUCCUCCAGCCACAGCGCGGAGUCGGCGCGGGACGAGGCUGCGGCCGAGCGCCGGGAGUUCAUGCGGAGUUACGUGGAGAAAAUCUUCACCGGGGGAGAGGAUUUGGACCAGGAGGAGAAGGCCAGGUUUGGGGAGCUGUGCAGCAGUGAGAACGGGAAGGGCAGGGAGUGGUUUGCGAGAUACGUGAGCGCCCAGCGCUGCAACUCCAAGUGUGUCUCAGAGCAGACCUUCUACCGCCUGAUGCAGUCCUUCGCCCUCGUGCUCUUUGAGUGUCACCAGAUGGACGAUUUCAGCCCUGCCAAGAACCUCAUGACCAUGUGUUUCACCUAUUACUACAUAGGGAAACCUCACGCCCUGCCCUUGGAGGCCAAGGAGAAGCCCACGGGCAGCAUCGACUCGUACCUGAAGUCAGCCAACACCUGGCUGGCUGAGAAGAAGGACAUCGCAGAGAGGCUGCUGAAAAACACCUCAGCCAAGACAGAGAACGUCAAAGGCUUUUUUGGGGGCCUGGAGACCAAACUGAAGGGUCCUGCCACCAAAAAGAGCGACGAAGGUGAAGACAAACCAAAGGAGAAGCUGAAGAAGACAGUGUCCCUGCAGAGCCCAGAAGAGGAGAAGAAAGGGGAGAAGAUUUACCUGUACAUGCACCUCAAGCAGCAGCCGAUCUGGCACAACCUCCGGUUCUGGAACGCCGCCUUCUUCGACGCCGUGCACUGCGAGCGCAGGAAGAGAUCCCCCACCACCAGAGGGAACACUGGGGAGGAAGAGGAGAAGAGGGAGAAGUGGUGCCACAUGACGCAGGAGGAGCGCGACGACAGCCUGCGCUUCAACGAGAACAUCACCUUCGGGCAGCUGGGCACCUUCAUCCACAACAUGCUGGCCUUUGGCCUCAACAAGAAGCUCUGCAGUGACUUCCUGAAGAAGCAGGCGACCAUCGGCAACUUGGACGAAGAGCAAUACAAGCUGCUCAGUGACCACAUCGAGCAGAUGGCCACGGAGUAGCCGCCUGGCCGGCACCACGUGGUGGUGGAGAGACGGCGGCCGGACGGGUGGGGAGGGGAGAGGAACCCACCUCCGGGGCUACCUGAGGCUGAAGCUGGGCUACCUACAAACCAAACCACACACACGAGCUGCAAUAAAACCUGCAUGAUCGUCCUCCAAACUCUAGAGCUGCCCCAGCGCAGCCUGUAGACAUAGGAGCCAAGCAGCCCCCACCCUCGCCAGACCCUCCCGCCUCUAUUUUCGGAGUAGACAGUCCCAAAAGCGAAUUUUGUCAGUUGAAAAGCAAAACAGAAAGAAAGGGGAAAGCAGGAAGAGUGCAGCCCCCAGGUGCUGUGUCUGCAGCCCCCCAUGGUGAGGCCUCUGGUGGUGAAUCCAGACGUAUCCAGGGCUGCCUUUCCCUGCUGCUGUCCCCUCGCUGAUGCUGGAGCUGCACCAGGGAUGCAGGAGGUGAUGGCAGGGACCACAGCCAGGAGCUGGGGCGGCACCCAGCCACCACUCAGGUUGGGCGGUGUCACCAGGGAUGUCACCACCGGCUGGGGACACGGGCAGGGCCUUGCCGGGGGCAGAGGUGGGGCUGGCAAAGCGCUGCUGCCACCCUGGGUGCGCAGCUCCUUGGCAGCUGGAGGGAAAUCCUUCCCCUGGGGAGCCUUCCCUGUGCUGCCUGUGUGGGUUUGUUCCUCUGGGCAGAGAGACAGCAGUUUGCUCCAUACCAUUAGCCUGGAUCAGUAGGAAAAAAGCCGUGGCCGUGGGCAGGAUUGAGGGCAGAGGAGCUCUGCUGCCGUGGGAGGAGAUGAUAAAACCCCUGCUGCCCUCUCAGUGUCGGGAUGCUGCUGCGUUGUGACAUUCCCCAAAGCCUCCUGGCGUCCUGUUGGCAGUGGAUUAAUUGUCCUCCUUCCCCAGGCUGCUCCUCUCUGCCCUCUCCUUCGCCAGCUCUUCGCUCCAGCUGCUCAUCCAUCAAACCUGAAACUGCCCUGUCUAAAGGACAUCUCUUCUGCUCCAGGGGGGCUGUUUUAGCCCUUGGACCUUGGCAUGGUGUUUGCAGAGAGGCUGGGGACAUGGGGACAUUGCUGGGGACGCUGCUGGGGACGUGGGGACAUCACUGGGGACAACAGGGACAUCUCUGCUCCCCUCUGCAAGGAGCAGCCCACAGGGGCAGAAACCCCCAGCCCUGCACAGCCAAAGGUCCAACAGAGUCUCACCCUGCAGACAUCAUCCUAAAACACAAGUCCAGGUUAAAAUCAAUCCGUUUUCCCUGUGCUGCCAGCUGUAUCCCAUAGGAAAUAGCUUAAAAGGAUAUUUUUUUUCCAUGUAGAUUCUGGUGUCAUUUCCAGGCAUCAAAGUGAUGCUUUUACCUAAGCUGGGCUUCCCUUGCUGCUGGGGAUGGGAUCCAUGCUGGGUCUUGUAGGAAGGAUGAAUCCAGCACCAAUUUUUCCUUGGCCAUUCUCAAACCUGGACAAAGUUACUGGAGAAGGGUUUUUGUUGGGGUGAGGGGCUGAUGUUGGUCCCUCAUCCCAAUAAAAACCUUCCUGCUGGAUAAAAAGUGCUGGACCAUGAGCAGCUCAGCAUCCUGGAGCAUCCCAUCCCCAUGGCCUUCCCCGUCUCUGUCUCCACUCAGGUCUUCCCCAAAUCUUCCUUCAUUUCUUUAUUAUUAUUAUUGUUACUUUUUUCCAACAUGAAAAGAGAAGUUCAGCGCUGAAGUAUAAAUAUAUUAUUUGCAUGUGUAUUUUUCUAUAAAAACAAUUAAAAUCCAAUAAAAAAUAGCCAUG